AUGGUGGCCGCAGAGGGUCCUGUGGGCCGCGGCGACCUGCGGCAGAACUGGCUUCCUAACCAGGUCGUGUUUUUGCAGCUCUGGGAGGGACUGAAAAAGCAGAGCUCAGCCGAAGCUGAGAAACCAGAUUCUUCAUCGUUGCCUUCGUUGCCGCCGUCGCAGUUGCUGACGAGAAACAUGGCCUUUGGCCUCGGCGGAGAGCUCUUCCGGUGGGAUGGAGAAGACAGCUCCUUCUUAGUCGUUCGCCUUCGGGGCCCCAGCGGCGGUGGUGAAGGGUCCACCCUGUCCCAGUACCAGAGAUUGCUUUGCAUAAAUCCACCCGUUUUUAAAAGUCAUCAAGUCUUGUUAAGUCUAACGCAACAUCAUGUAGCACUUACAGGAAUAAAAGGACUUAUGGUAUUAGAAUUACCUAAAAGAUGGGGGAAUAAUUCUGAAUUUGAAGGUGGAAAAUCAACAGUUAAUUGUACUACAAUUGCUGAGAGAUUUUUCGCCAAUUUUACCUCUCUGACUCUAAAGCAUGCCGCAUGGUAUCCAAGUGAAAUGCUGGAUCCCCACAUAGUGCUGUUAACAUCAGACAACGUAAAAGAAUUUACUCUACGUGAGCCCCAGGCACUCACUAAGGUGAUUAUACUUUCAGAAGCUGAAGAGGAAAGUCUAGUACUCAAUAAAGGAAGGGUGUAUACCGCAUCUCUAGGAGAGACAGCAGUUGCGUUUGACUUUGGGCCAUUGGCAGCAGUCCCAAGGAAUAUAUUUGGAUAAAAAGGCAAAGAUGAAGUAGUGGCAUACCCACUGUACAUCUUAUAUGAGAAUGGAGAGACUUUCCUAACAUAUGUUCGUCUGUUACACAGCCCUGGAAAUAUUGGAAAGCUGUUGGGUCCAUUGCCCAUGCAUCCUGUGGCUGAAGAUAACUGUGGUUAUGAUGCGUGUGCUAUACUCUGCCUAGGCUGUGUCCUCAAUAUCUUAGGGGCUCAUUGCAUCACUAUCGAUCCCUCAAGGAAAAUUGAAAAGGCUUGGACUGCCAGGCCCCAGGUCCAUCCACAAAUUACUUUUGUCCAUUAUCGCUAA